CCCCAAACACGUGGUCUAAUCGUUAUGACCAGACCACGCCAGAAGCAUAACCGCAGAAGAACACGGAAUCUAUCUCUCUCUUUCUUUCUCUCUCAUCUCUCAAAUACAAAAAUAAAAAGCUAGGCAAAUCCAGAGAGAGAGCCCCCAAAAAGAAAACCAACGGUGCUGAUAAACCUCACUCUCUCAUCCCAGUCGUCUCCUCUCUCCUCUCUUCUCCAGCGUCCGAUCAAAUUCCCCCACAAAUCUGAGUCUCUCGCGCCAAAUAAAAGCCCUCUAAAUACAAACAGGGUUUCCAUGGCCGAAGCUCCGGGAAGUCCAGGCGGCGGGAGCCACGAGAGCGGCGGCGACCAGAGCCCGCGCUCGAACGUUCGGGAGCAGGAUCGGUAUCUUCCGAUCGCUAACAUUAGUCGGAUCAUGAAGAAGGCGCUUCCUGCUAAUGGCAAAAUCGCCAAGGACGCCAAAGAGACCGUGCAGGAAUGCGUUUCCGAAUUCAUCAGCUUCAUCACUAGCGAGGCGAGUGACAAGUGCCAGAGAGAGAAGAGGAAGACAAUUAAUGGCGAUGAUUUGCUCUGGGCAAUGGCUACUUUGGGCUUUGAAGAUUAUAUCGACCCCCUUAAGGUUUACCUCACUAGAUACAGAGAGAUGGAGGGUGACACCAAGGGUUCAGGGAAGGGUGGAGAUUCAUCUUCUAAGAAAGAUCCUCAGCCAAGUUCGAAUGCUCAGAUUUCUCGCCAAGGUUCUUUCUCCCAAGGAGGGAAUUACUCAAAUUCUCAAAGCCAACGUAUGAUGGUUCCUAUGCAAGGGACAGAGUAGAUCCAGUCGUCUUGUCGAUGCAAUAAUUUAGCUGCCUAUUUAAGGGGAUCAUAUUCGGUGCCCGGAACAUAUUAAAUUAUUUCUCUAGUCAAUGACAUAAUGUGUGAGUAUUAGAGCUCUGUGUCCAGUAGUAUUUUCUGGUGUGUAAGUUAGGAGUUUCUUCGAGUUGAAUGUCUCUCUCAUGAUAGUAUUGUAAACCUCAGGAGGAUCCUUCAUUCUUCUCAUCUGUAACAUGUCAUGGCAUGUCUUGAUAUCAAACUGAUUAGGAAAUUUAUGCCCUUCAAAUUUCUAUGUUA